AUGGCUCCUAGUCUGCCCGCCCAGCAGAAGCAAACAGAUCAAACUCUCCCCAAAAGAGCCAAGUCAGCUUGUCAUCGCGCAGGCAAAGAUUUCCUAUUGGCGCUCCUUCCUCGCUCCUCGCUGGCUGCUCCACUGCCUCAGGCACUCCCUGUCUGGAUCGACGCCGCUAUUGGCCACGCCGCUCCUCCGCAUCCCAUCGCAAAUUCGGCAGAUUCGUCUAUGCAUUCCGCGUCCGCAUUCGUCGUCGUCCAGACUCCGUCGAGCACUUCUGCUCUGUCUGCUCCAUCCUUGGGGCUUCUUUUCCCUCUUCAUGCAACCAACCCGUGGUGA